AUGCCCGUCCAGCCCAUCACCCUCCAAUCUCCGGACCACCCCAUCGCCCUCCGGCGCACCCACCUCCUCUCCCCCCGCGCCGGACCGCCUAACAAAUACCCCAACAACUCUAUGGAUCACGCGCGAGAAUACCCUAUCCGGGCGCGACUUCACCGUGACGCAACUACCCCCCGACGCAACCCCCUGUUAUACACCGUCACAGGCAAGUUCUGGAGUAACUCGUGCCAGCGCGAGAUCCGCGAUGCGUCUCGGCGACCUAUACUCGAGUUACGCCGGAUAUGGUGGAAGGGCCAGUGGUCGGUGAAACGGGCCGGCGGGGUCGGCGACGAGCUUCUCAACGUUGAUAUGCGGUGGGCGAUUGGGACGAAGAUGGGGAUACGAUUUACGAAUGCACUUGUUGGGAGAUUAAAUGGUGUUUGGAGACGGAGACGGAAUGAGGAGGAUAUGGAGAGUGAGGCUCCGCCACCGUAUACGCCGCCUCCGUAUAGUGCUGUUUUGGCGGAGGAUAGUAGGAAUCACUCUGGGAGUGGGAGUGGGAGUGGAAGUGGAGGGGAGAGUGAUAGUUCGGAGAGUUCAGUCACCAAGGAAAGACGACACAAUUACGAGCCACCGACCUACGACUCUGUUCGACGAUCGAGACGAUCGAGUCAUUCACUGCGUGAUCUGCUCGAUGCUGUUGAACCACCGAGAGAACCUGCCCCCGCGCCACUGUCACAUCAGCGGCGGUGGUCAGAAGGGGGCUUAGAUCCCAAGGUCGAGCUGAAAGUGGUACAGCUGAAUUCUGGACUCGCGGUCGUGACAAUGGGAGAGAGGAGGAUCAUGCAGAUCCGGCGCGAUAAGGUGAUGGACUAUAACUUGUCCGGUCCGAUGCCGAAGUGGGAGGUUGAGAUUGCAGAAGGAGUGGACUUGGUGUUGGCCGUUACCAUCGUGUUGAUCAUGGCCGAGUUUGUACGGCACGAGUAUCGUGUUCGGGUGGGUUGA